AUGGCCUCGAAAACUUUCUUGAUUGCACUUGUUGUAGUUAGCAUAGUUGUUGCUUCAGCUAUGGCAACGGAGCAUUUGGUUGGGGAUGAUCAAGGUUGGAAACUCAAAUUUGACUACAAUGCAUGGGCUGAGAGCAAAGAGUUCCAUGUUGGAGAUAAGCUCACAGUUUUCAAGUACAAGGAGGGAGUUCACAAUGUGUACAGAGCUGAUUUGACAGCCUUCCAAAACUGUGCACCAGGUGCCAAUGUUGAACCCUUAACUACUGGAAAUGAUGUGAUUGAGCUGAAAUCUCCAGGGAAGAAAUGGUAUUUUUGCGGAAUAAAUAACCACUGUGAUCAAGGCAUGAAGGUCGCCGUUAACGUUCUGUCAAGUUCCCCUGGCUCAUCAGCUGCCUUUGGGAUAAGUCCUUCCAAAUUUGUUGCUAUGAUGGUUGCUGCAUUUUCCAUGUUCUUGAUCAUCAUUGCUUAA